UGUUCUCCAUGUUUUUGGUCUUCGCUACCAACGACGCCACCGACAUGCAAGAAAAUGGAACUCAGUUACCAAGCCAUCAGGACGGCUAAUCAAGCACGUGAAGCUGUACGUAAAUAUUUGUUAAAAGAUAGAAAGUUAAAUAUUGAAAAAACGGCGCAAACAGUAACAUUCCGAAUAAUUUAACAAAUGAUUAUUCACACUGAACUGACAGAGCACACAUCACUGCACUGCACACACUCACACUGACGAGUAAUUUGCUUGUAAACUAGUUGUAAAAUGUAAACCAAUGUAAUUUGAAUGUUAACUCACUAAACUUAUGAUUAUGACUUAACUUAAUUAUAAUAUUAAUAGAACAUUAACAUGGCUGUUAGUGUGAGUUUCAGUGACGUGAGUCAAUGAGCGAUACUGAGUGACUGCCUGCCUUAAUUUAACUUAAUUACUUUUGCCUUUUAUUUACCCUGCUCCUUGCGUGGGACAUAGACUAAGGACUAAGACUGUCUACCUACAGUCUACCUCUACUCUACAAGAAUAGUCCACCUAGGGGUAGGCUCUGUACUUUCCAUUUGCUUCCAGUUGUAUUCUUUGGCCCUCUUCUUUUCCUUUUCCCUGUGGCUCCAUGUUAGCUAUUAUCUGGUGAUGUUAUCUGGGUGUACGAAGAGUGUGCCCGGCUAAAGCUAAGAGAUCAUCAAUCCUGUGAUGUCAUUUGCGUGUUUAUUAUAGUUGCAGUGAAUUAGGGUUAGGGAUAUAUUUAAGGUUCAGGUUAGGUUUAGGGAUACAUUUUGGGUUCAGGUUAGGUUUAAGGAUACAUUUAGUCUUAGUGUUCAGGUUGGGUUUAGGGAUAAAUUUAUUUUAGGUUUAGUGACAGAAUUAACUGGUUGUGUCAACCAAGAUGGCGGCCAUCGCGGGACAUUCUUGAUGCAUUUACCAUGUGCCCUAUUCACUUCACCUUCAUCUUUUUUAUGUCUUCAGCAAUAGGCUCUUGGUAUGUCCACUCCAGUAUGUCUUUGUUGGUGAUGAUAAUGUUUGACCAUUUUAUAUUCAGGAUCUUUCUAAUUGUGCUGUUUGUGAAGGUUUGUACUUUCUACAUGAUGCUCGCAGUUUAUUAAGUUUGGCUCCAAAGUAAAAGAAUAAAAAGUAGGACUGAUUUAACAUUUGUGUUGACUGACAGCUAUAAAAAAUGUCUCUAUCUAGCCUAGUAACCCCUGAGACUGAGACUCAAAGUCAAUUUUAGUCCAAUUCCUGGCAUAUAAACAAGUGAACUAAGAUCAAUAUUAAUUAUAAUAAUACUCGACUACCUUGUAUAUUACUACUAUUAGAGUUAAAGUGUUAAUGAAUUUAAUGUCGUUAGACCUUAGUAAUUAAAUUGCUGAGACAGUUAUUAGUGUGAGCGGCAAGUAAUUGCCUACAUGUGAUGAUACAUAGUUACAUAACAUCAUAAGCACAUGACAUACUCUUUACACUGAAUUGAUACACUCUGUACUGUACUCCACGGUACAUCAUUGUUAAAUAUAUUUAACUUAUUGUAUUGUUAGGAUAUUGUUGCCUGGUGUAGUAACUAAUAUUUUAGUAGUAGCCAAGUAGGCCUAAGUAAGGCCAAAUAGGUAGGACAUUUUGAUUUAUUCACCACUAAUAGGCCUAACACUUUGCCUAUCAUAACUUGUCAUAAUAAGUUUAAAAAAAUAUUUGUCAUAUGUGCCUAACCUGGCCUGAAAAUUUAUUGCCAUAGAGCAGGGGUCUAAAAAUUACAGGCCAGUUAUUGUUGACCAGGAGUCUUUUACCUGGUCUGCCUGGCCACUAUACGGGUACCCAGGUAGCAAAGACAACUAUGGAACCAGACAUUGGCCAUCUCAUUAGCCAAAAACAGGCAGAGACCUCCUAGUUCAAUACCAAUAAGAUUAUGUUGAUUAAAAUUGCUUUUCAUUUUAAAUAUUGUAUUUUUUCACCUGAUUUUUUUCAUAACCAAUAUGAUAAAUGCAAUGUGCUGAGGAAUCUGCUUGUUUUGUUUAUUCAAACUAUGGUUUCUGAGGGACAGUGAAAUGUACCCCGCUCUGUUUAAAAAAAAUUUAGACCUUUUUAAUGACAACUAUUUUGUUAUAUGAAAUAGUAGAACAAGAUAUGUGGAGGCUUGAAUCAAAAGACAGGAGAAUAAGAUGUGAACAUUUCGGUUAAGAGCCUUCCUCAGCCAACAGGAGAUGUAUUAUGUUUUAUAUUUUAUUUUGUGUAAUCUCAUCAUAUUUGACAUAUACAUAAUUUUCAAGUUCUUUUAAAUAAUGAAAUUACAGGAUGAGCUGAGGACAGAUUCCAGAAAGAAAAAUCUUCUCAUACUUGUAUUAAAAUACCUCAAUGAAGAAGGGUGAGAUACUAUUUAGGCCGUAAUGUAUUCAUUAUUUAUAAAUAUGGCCUAAAAUUUAUACAAUUAAAAAAAAAAUUUACAUUAAAAUUAGCCUGAUUCAAGGAUAAACAAUCUUACAAUACUAUAGUGAUGCAAGUAUAAUAUAAGGAAUUCCAUUCAAACAUGAGCAGUUAAUUGCACAUCCAAAUGAAUUAAUUACAGUCUUUUGAAUUAAACACAUAUUAUUUUAUUUUUGUCCAUGAACCAUUGAGUUUGAAUUCUAUAAUUUUUUUACAUUUGCAAAGCUAUUCAAUAGAAAUCUUUAGUAAACAAGUACUCUCUCCCCCCCCCCCCCCCUAGUUGGCAUGUCCGUCCCAUUAUGGCAUGUCGAUUAAGAGGUCCUGCCACCUACCCACCUGGCAUUACCUGGGCCACAAUAUCACCAUGUAGGUUAGAAAAAGCACAGUUGCAUGGCACUACCCAGUGCAGUUGAAAAUAAUGGCAGCAACAGGUUGGGCUAUGAUUAAACUUGCCGUUAAUGGGUAUGAGACAUGGGUGGGUUGUGGCAACACAUACAGAUGAUUCUAUCAUACAGCCUGUGAGGGGCCUUUUCCUAGGCAACCAUUUUGUCCCAGCUACAAUGUGAUCAUUCACAAAGUAGAAACUACAUAUAGAAAUCCAUAUUACAGGGCAAUCUGACACCACCAUGGGAUGGGGAGGGUUGUUUUCAGGGACAUUAAAAUAUAUACAUGACAGUUACAAGAGAGUUUGACUGCAGGCGCGAAAGCAGCACCACCAGCUGACCAGGUGUUUCUUGGUUGAUGCCACCCCACACACAUAGUCAAUCAAGUGGAAGGCGGGUGGGGCUGUCUAAGCUGGUGGGACUUCUUGGCCUGUCUAGUUAGCCCUAUUGGGGUUGGGGAGAAGAAGGGGUAUGUUGGGGACGACCUAAUGAGCUCUGGCUCGGUGGUCUGUUGUUUUUCUUAAGAUAUUAGAUUAGUAAACCAGCAUUAAAAUAUAUUUAAGGUAAACUUAAUAUUUAUGAAUGAUGUUAAAUAGCUAUGCCUAAAUUUUAGCAUACUGAAAAUUUAUCAAUAUUGUUUAGAACUCAUCUACUAUAAUUUAGCUGUUGAAUAGUGACUGUUACAAUUCAUCAUCAUCUUCCACAGAUAUUUGGAUUCAGCUUCUAAUCUUUCAAGGGAAACUAACAUCGACAUUCACCGAUAUGAAGUCUGUGAUAACAUUGACUUGGAGACUAUUCUCAUGGAAUAUGAAUCAUAUUAUUAUGUAAAAUUUGCCAAAUACCCCAAAAUUACAAAGAAACUUUCUCCUCAAAGUGGUAAGACAAUUUUUUUUAAAGCUUUGAAAUAGGUACAGUAUAAAAUGGAUGUUAUUGAACUGUUAAAAAAUAAACAAUUGAAUUAUUUUGUGAAGUGAUGAAUAAUCUGAUGUGUAUGGUAUAAAUGUUUAGAUAAAUUGCAAUGGCACUUGAAAUUUUAAAUUAUUUAUGGGAAAUGAAGUCAAAUGAUGGAACUAUUGCAUUUUUUCUCUACUGUCCAAAUUAUGGCUUGUUCUAUACUCACUAUACUCAAAGUGGCAAUGGGAGGUUUAAGAAAUUGUUUUAUAAUUGUUUUAAAUCGCAUAUCCUAAAACCCAUGAUGCCCUAAUGCCAUGCAAAUAAGGACAUUUCUACAGUGUGGGACCUAUUCUGAUCUUGUUUGUUUAGCAGAAUUUAUUAAAAAUAAUAUUGCAAUUUCAAAUCUGUAAUAGGGUUAAUUGGCAAGCUACUAAACAAAACUGGAACAAUCAAAUGCUAUAAUUUUACUUAAAAUAGAGAACUGUAUAAGCUUAACAACAAAAAAUACAAUUGAGCUUCAUUAGGAUAGCACUUCCUUAUCACACAGAUUGUCACACAUAAACAAAUUGAGUCUUUAAGGCUAUGGGAGUGACUCCAACAGAAAAAUCCUGAAAUUAUUCCCAUUUACAGUAAGCAGUAUGACAUUGUAUGCAAUGAAAAUUCUGGCAACUCCUUUGACACCCCCUGAUACCAAGUUGCAUUUUCCAUGUGAUCAUUGCACCAGCUGCUGGACGAAGGGGGGGAUCUUGGGUUACUGGAAAACAGUCAAUUCUUUAUGGCUUUGCAACUUACAGCAAAACAACAUCAUCUCUUAGAAAUAUACAGGCGCCAAAUUUUUUAAAACUAUUUAUUUAUCGCUCCCUUAUUUAUCUAGAAAUUUAUAAAAAGUUAUCAAUUAUUUCCUUAUAUUUUAAUAAAUGUUAAUUAUUUUUCUUCCAGGCAUGCCAGGUAUCUGAUUUUAUUUCUUAGAUGUUCAGUGUCUUUGAUUGCAAGAAUUAAAAGUAUUAGAGCUCAUAUUAUUAUACCAUAUAUACUGAGCUUUAUAAGUCUCAUUUCAAGAGAUAAUUAUAUCCAAAGAUUUUAUCAAAAACCUUUAAAUAUAUUGAUUCUAUGUUAAGAAAUUAUCACUAUUGCAUUUUGGUGGUCCGUUGACAAAACUGUACACCUUCAAAGCUAAUUCACUGGAUAUCUUUAUCUGAUUCCUUACUCAACUGCUUUUGUCGUGAAUUUGUGGAUUCACAUUAAUUAAUUUAAGCUUUGUUUUUUAAUGAAUUUCUAUGAUGUUAUUUUCCUAAUGAAUUAGUAAUUUAUGUGGUUUUUAAAAGGAUCCAUAUUGACUACAGUAUUAAAAUUUACUAAAACUCAAACACUUAUGGUCUAUAAAUUGUAAUAAGCUAAUCUAUUUAUUUUACAUUCAAAUUUUUCUAUUUAGCUAAAAGUUUAAGCUCAUCUGAAAUUGUCUGUCUGCAUUUGAGAAAUAAAUACAGAAGUUUGUAUUAUAUAUAAAACUAUUUUAAAGCAAUUUUUUUCCUUUAAAUUUCUGAAAUAAACUUCUUUUCAAUAAAUCCUCAUUACAAUCAGCAGUUCUUAAGCUUUGUGAAUAUUUAAUAAUUUGUUUCCAUUUCAAAUUUGCGCACAGGAUAAAGGCAGGGGAAUAUCUUAAGAAACAAUAUUUAUUAUUUAAAACUUUGAUAAUCUUUUUGCGAUAUUUAAUAACAUUCAACAUUUAAAAUUGUAAUUGGCUCUAUAGAGGUAUUAGUAACAUAAAAGAUAACAGGUUUAUACUUUAAGAAAUCAAUUUUCAUAGCUAAAAAUAAUAAGAAUAAUUAAACUAGAUUGUCCACAUUUAUUGAACAGUGCAGGAUUCUAACCUUUACAAAGAAUACAUUUAUUACAAUUAUUUAAAUUUUAAAAAUAUUUCAUCCAGUCAUUUCCUCAUCAUUUUGUUUUAGGAAAGUUAACACUAUUUUUUUAAACAAAUAAAUUAUAAAAAUUUGUUCAAAUUAUGAAUUUAAAAUCUAUCUAAUUUAUUUUAAUUUUGACAGCAGGCAAUUAACAUUUGAAAAAAGUUUCAUGCUUUGAAAUUCUGUUAUUUCAGGAUAUUUAUUCUCAAAAUCCUGAUGUUACCACAAAUGGUGGUGAGACAAUUAAUGGUGUUCAAACAAUGAAUAGUGGUCACUCAAUGAAUGGUGGGGAUACAAUGAAUAGCUAAAAAUAAUAAGAAUAAUUAAACUAGAUUGUCCACAUUUAUUGAACAGUUGCAGGAUUCUAACCUUUACAGAGAAUACAUUUAUUACAAUUAUUUAAAUUUUAAAAGUAUUUCAUCCAGUCAUUUCCUAAUCAUUUUGUUUUAGGAAAGUUAACACUAUUUUUUUAAACAUAUAAAUUAUAAAAAUUUGUUCAAAUUAUGAAUUUAAAAUCUAUCUAAUUUAUUUUAAUUUUGACAGCUGGCAAUUAAAAUUUGAAAAAAUGUCUCUCGAUAAACACAUAUCUCACAUUUGUCGUUCAGCAUACACCACUAUCCGUCAGAUCAGCUCCAUACGUCACUACCUCACAGUUAGGGCUACAAAAACUCUAGUCUGUGUUCUUGUUCACUCCCGUCUUGAUCAUUGCAACUCUCUUCUGUCAAGUUCACCAAAACACUGCAUAGAAAAAUUGCAGAAAGUUCAAAACUCAGCUGCUAGGCUAGUUUUAAGGCAAAAAAAAGGUGAUCACGUCACUCCACUACUCCAUUCCCUUCAUUGGCUACCUAUACAGGCACGCAUUGACUACAAGUUGUUUGUUCUCUGUCACAACUUUACUUGGAUUUCUGCCCUUCCUAUCUAACCGAACUUCUUUCUGUCUAUUCACCCCUUCGACAGCUUUGCUCCUCUGCAGACACGCGUAUUCUGUCCGUUCCCAAGACACACACUAAAACAUAUGGUGAACGAUCUUUCUCUUUCUGCGCCCCCAAAUAAUGGAAUUCUUUGCCACUACAUAUACGCAAUAUACCAACCAACCAGGCCUUCAAAACUGCACUCAAAACACAUCUUUUUAAAUUAUACUACCCUGAGUGAUUCCCCUCCUCUGACCGAUAAACGAUCUUGCUGGUUGCCGUCCAUGGUUUGCCUUGUAAAAGUUAUGUGUUGGGGUGGGUGAAUAUACAUUUUUUUUGCUGUUCUUUAUUUCAUAAAUGCAUUUUAUUUUGAUGUCAUGAUUAUGUCUCUUUUGAUAAAAUUUUUAUGUACAGCGCGGUGAGCCCAGCCCUAGGCUGGGGUACAGCGCUAUAUAAGACCCCUUUAUUAUUAUUAUUAUUAUUUUGGGGAGCAUUUUAGAAUUGUCAGUAAAUUUUCAAUUUUAUUAACAGGUGGUUCUUGUAUGGCCUUGAGACUUCUGGGAGUCAUUAUCCUAUUACAAUUUAAAAACUAAAGCAAGAUUUUCUGUCAUUUCAGCUGGUGCAUCAGAUAAAAGAACACAAGUCAAACUAAACAGAACAAAUAGGUAGGUGUACUAUUUUAAGAUUAAAUUAUGCUUGAGUAACCACUGUAAAGAUUCACUGAUUUAUUUUAUUAGAUCAGUCAAAGAAAUUUGACAAAGUCCAAAAAUCAUUAUUUCUCUAAUCACUUUCAGAAAUUACAGACCUGUUUACAUCUGAGUUCUGCACAUAAUUUUAGGGACUGGAAAAUUAGUGUUUUCUUGAACAUUUGAAACAGCAUGCACUCUGUCCUAAAAUCUAUGUAGAUCAAGUCAAUAAUCUGAUUUUGAAAGUUCAUUUAUUUAAAUAUUUUCUGUGCUUAAUACUAUACUUUCUGUUUUUUUUUAGUUCUGCAAACUUUCAAGACAUUACAAUUGCAAAGGUCAAACCAAAUGUUCUAAUCUUUUUUAACUUACAGUGUAAAAACAAAUAGUCCAUCCCUUCCCAGAAUCCCACAGACGACUCGGCCGCCAUCACCACCACAGCAGCAGCCCCCCAUAGCUCGCCCAGCUUCAGGAUCAGGCAAAAACAAGCGCACUGUUACGUCAUCAACACGUAAAGGCAUAAACCCCGUAAACCCACAGGUCUGUAUUGUUUAGUUAUGUUUUGCGGUAGCAUACAUAAAUUCAUAUCCAGCUCAACUUUAAAUUCUGUUUGUCUUAAAUGACCCCUCACCCCACUUUAUCUUUUAACCUUAAUGGCAUACAAAUCCUAUAAAUUAUAACCUUAUCAGUUUGAAUUUUUAAGCUCACAAAAUUUGUACACUAGCUUUGGAGUUUCCUUUAAUUUGGACAUUAUUCUAAUAUAUUAGUUUGGUUAUUAUUCAGCUGAGAGAUGUUGGUGCUGCUAACGGCAAUGGAGAUGGACUGUCCUUACAAGGCAUUACAGUUCAUGGGAGCAAUGGAGCAGCUGAGCCAUCAACAGUGCCUACAUUAAAACAGCGGCCAAAAGUGAGACUAACCAGCACUUGUUUUACAAUGAUGGCUCUGUGUAAUUGUGUGUGUGUGUGUAGGUAAAGGAGGGUGGGGUAAAAAAAAAAAGCUCAAAACUUUUGUAGGUCAUUUUUGCAUAAUUUUAUAAAUUAACCAUGAAUAUUAUUUGCAUGUUAAAUACAUGAUAAUUAUAUUAAAUUUUAAAUAAAUCUUAUUUCUGCUCCAAAUAAUACCUCUUUUUUAACAUUUAGAAGUAAAUACUUACUAAAAAGAAAUAGGAAUAAAAUGGUUUAAAUAACCAGCCAUAAAAGUUAUAAGGUAUAAGUGUUAGUGCAAAAGAAAAUGUGUUUUUUUAUGGAAAAUAUCUUUAAUAUGAUCUUUAUUUAUUUCUCUCUUUGAACAUAGCUGGGCCAAAUAAUUGAUAUACGCACAAUGAUAAAUGAAGCUACAAAACUGAAUGUUGAAGAAGGGGGGGAUUCCAUUGGAUCUGUGAGUAACCUCAAAUGUAUAUAUUUAUUUUUUAAAUACCGAUAGAUUUGUCAAGACUCUUAAUAUAUGAAUUAAUUUAUCUUGUUAAUCAACUUAUUUUUAUGUGUAUUAAAUGAUUUUUCAUUAUUACUUAAAAGUAAUUAAUCAUACCAAACUUUGAUGUCUUAUUGGUUAUGAAAUGUAAUUUUACUUUUGACCAUCUUUAUAGGACAAAAUCUUAAAGCCUCUAGGUGGUUAUCUUGGUUAUAAUAGUGAAUGGAGGGAACUAGCACAAGUUAUAUCACGGGUAAAAACUAUUUUAUUUCUUCUUCACUUUUGCAACAUCUAUGCUCAAAUUCUUUAAAAACAAAAAAAGAACAGCUUCUUUUUUAGACUGCAUUAAGGCACACACAAUACACUUAAGUACGAUAUUGAAGUUUUUUAUUGAUUUGAUAAGAGAAAAAUUAAUUGUACUGUCCUCGUUGGUUUUUUUUUUGAAAACGGAUACCAAUAAUCUCUUGCAGUGGUUAGCAAGUAAUCCAAACUCAAUUCUUAUAAUGUUUGUAAAAAAUAACAGAUACCAAUAGUCUCUUGCAGGGGUUAGCAAGAAAUCCAAACCCAAUACUUAUAAUGUGUGUAAAAAAUAACAGUACCAUGUGUAUUACCUAGCAUAUAAAUAAAAGAAAAUAUCUAGAGAAAAUAUUUAAAAUUACUAAUGGAUUCAAAAUGGAUUUUUAAUAAAGUUUUAUCUUUAGUUUUGUAUGUUUGACUUUAGUACAGUUAAAGUAGAAGUAAAGGCUUGCUUUGUAUUACAUUAGUUUCUUUUAGUUUAAGUUAUCUUAGACCAUUUAAUUUAAGUACUGGAUUUUUAAAAAGAAAUGUAGUCCAAAUAUUUAAACCGCUUUUAUUUAAAGGAAACUGAAAUCUCUGGGCUGCUAAUUAUUAAUUUCAAAUGUUAGUUAAUAAAUUUAAAAAAAAUAUUUUUAUUUUGACAGCCGGCAAUUAACAUUUGAAAAAAGUUUCAUGCUUUGAAAUUCUGUUAUUUCAGGAUAUUUAUUCUCAAAAUCCUGAUGUUAAAUGGGAUGACAUUAUAGGUCUUGAUGAAGCCAAAAGAUUAGUCAAAGAGGCUGUUGUUUAUCCCAUUAAGGUAGUACUGCUAUUUAAAUAAUUAUAAUUUGAGCAGCUCUUAAAUCCAGCUCUAAACAUUUGUACUAUCAAAUGAGCAUCUAAAACAAGUAGGUCAAUUCAUAGUAUAAACAGAGCUUAACUACAUAAAAGGUGCAGCAAGUCUAUAAAUGAUAUAGUAAUUUUAAAAAAUGUGUGAAGAAAUGUUUAUCAUUAUAGAUAUAUCUAAUAAUUGGAAUAAAAUAUCUUUUAUAUAUUAAUGAAAUUUCUUAGACUUAGACCAUGAUUCUGGUACUCUUCUUUUUUUCAGUAUCCACAGCUUUUCCAAGGUAUUCUCUCCCCUUGGAAAGGCUUACUUUUGUACGGUCCUCCUGGUUAGUACCUUUAGAGUAUAGUCUGUUAACAUAUUUUUAGUUCAUGCAACUGUGACUGUAUUUAUAUAGUGUUCAAGGGACAUAGUACUUUUUAGAUCAAUUUAACUUGUUUAUUUAAUAGGAACAGGAAAAACUUUGCUUGCAAAAGCAGUGGCAACAGAGUGCAAUACAACCUUCUUUAAUAUUUCUGCAUCAAGCAUUGUUAGCAAAUGGAGAGGUGAUUCUGAAAAACUUGUCAGGGUGAGUGUCACCACUACUCAUUGUAUCACCACUUUUGAUUGUAUCACCACUAUUCAUUGUAUCACCUCUAUUCAUUGUUUCAACACCAUUAAUUGUAUCACCAUCAUUUGUGGUAACAUCAUUUUCUAUUGUAUCACCACAUUUAUUGUAUCACACCUAUUCAUUUAUGAAGGAAAUGAUCGAAUCAUUGUUUCAAUGAGUGAUAAUUGACGUGAUAUUUUGACUUUAUUUUCUGUCAGGUUUUAUUUGAGCUGGCAAGAUUUCAUGCACCCUCCACAAUAUUUCUUGAUGAGCUGGAAUCUGUUAUGAGCCAACGAGGAUCUCAAGGAGGAGGAGGGUAAAAAACAUAAAUUAAUGGAUUUUAAACAUUUUUUAUAUUUUUGUUUUCAAUGUCUAACAACACCUGUAUAAAAAAAGUGUGGUGCCAUCAUUCACAUAGAAAACUAACAUACAAUUAAAAUACCGGUAUGUAGAAUUACGCUUUAGAUAAAUUAUUUCAAAAGUAAAAUUUGACUAAUAAUUAUGUUGAAAGCAGAUAAAACUUUAUAAUUUUCCUGAUAUUUCAGUGAACAUGAGGGUAGCCGGAGAAUGAAGACAGAACUACUAGUUCAAAUGGACGGACUGUCAAAGACGGAUGAUUUAGUUUUUCUUUUAGCCGCUUCCAAUUUACCUUGGUGAGCAAUUUAUCAUUUUAAAAACAAAUUAUAAUUUUUUUUUGUGUGGUUAGGGUUAUGGUGGCUAAAUGCCUAGAAAAAUCCGUUACAAAAGCAAGACGUAAUUUUUAAAAAUAAAUUAAAUUAAAAAAAAAAACCAAAAAAAAAACAAAAAACUUUUAUUGACUUUGAAUCUGAUUUGAAAAGAUUGUAUUUUAAGUGUCAUUUCAAAGAAAAUAUGUACACAUUUUUUAAAACACUGUUUUAAGUUUUGCUAAGUUAAUUUUUAUAUAAGUUUGAUGUGGAGAUACAUAACAAAAUCUCACCAGAUGUAGAAAUAGUCUUCAGAGCCUGAUAAUAGUAAUGGUCACAGAGAAGCUGCUACACACUAUUAGCUGUGUGCUGUGUAUUACUUUAUCUGAUUUAUCACUCAUGCACUUUCACUAAACAAAGAGAUUGGUAACCAUUAAGGGUUAUUUUAAAAAGCAAUUCAUUCAUUGUAAAGUAAAUAAUGUAUCAAACAUGAACAAAUUGUAAUUCCAAAGUUAUUAUUUUACCUUGUUCAAAACAUAUUAUUUUUUUACAGCUUUGAUGUCAUUUAACAUAAAUCUUUUUUUAAUGUUGUGAUUCAGUUUUUAAAAUAUUAACCUAUAUAUCUAGGGAACUGGAUCACGCUAUGCUAAGACGCCUUGAAAAAAGGAUUUUGGUUGACUUGCCGACUCAAGAAGCCCGUAGAGCUAUGUUUAAACACCACUUACCUCCUGUGGUGUCAUCCAAAACUGGGGGACUGGAACUACUGGCAGAGCUUGAUUAUGAUUUGUUAGCUGGGGUAAAUCAAUGAGCUUAAUUUAUAUGUAAAUCAUGUUUCUUACAGCAUUAAACAAUAAAUUAUUUUGUGAACCUUAUUUUCAAAUUCUACUUAACAUUUCUACAGAAUACAAUAUCUGUAAUAAACCUUGAUAGUCCAUUUAAGUAAAAUCGUUCACUGCUUGAAUUUUUUCCAAAUACAAAUUAAAGCAGAGCUCAUAAUUUAAAUGUUUUAUAUUGAUUAUCAAAGAAACGGUGCAUAAGAAAUAUUUUAAAAUCUCUUUUGUUAGUCAUUACAGAAUUGUUUUCCAUAAAUUUUUAGAAAACUGAUGGUUAUUCGGGUUCAGACAUCCGAUUGCUUUGUAAAGAAGCAGCCAUGCGCCCUGUUCGAAAGAUUUUUUUUGCUCUUGAAAACCAUACAGAAGGUAAGCAAAAUGCAGUUUAUGCCCGUUAGCUUUUCAAUAUUCAUGAAAUAAUUUUAAUUAUUUUUUGCCCCGUAAAACUGAUUAAAAUAAGUUUGCAAUUUUGUUUUUUUCUAGGAGAAGAGCUUCAUAUCCACUUAGAUAAGAUAAAAACAAGUGAUGUUCUUGCUGCUUUGGAAAGAACUAAGCCAUCUGCCAAGACCAUGAAACAAAAAUAUGCUGAUUGGCAAAAAGAAUAUGAAUCUGUAUAGCAGGAAAAACAUGCAUGCUUUUAUAUUACUGUGGUCCUUAUUUGAUUUUCACAUUAAAAAAAAACAGAAUGUGUUCACAAUAACAUGUCUAUAAAAUGUGCAAAUAUAUACCCAAUUGAUACAAUUUAUCACAUAAAUAUCUGGUAGUAAAAUUGGUUUUAAAAAUCUUAUUUACAUAAUUUUUAUUGAUAAUUCUCAUACAUGAAUCUCCAGAAGUUUGAUAAAAAUUUCAAUGAAAUUGCAAAUAAAAGGGAUAUGUAAAACACUUCCUUGUGCAUUAAUUUCAAGCUAAAAAGUCUGUGAUAAUUUUAAUAUUUAAAUAUAUAUUUUAAAGAAUGCAGUGCUGUGGGAUGCUUUCAAAAUAACAUUCCUGAUAGAAAAAGCCCUCAUGAUUUUAUUAUAAACAAUCAAAUUGCAGUCUGUCCCAAACUUUUAAAAAUAAUUGUGCAAAUUAAUCUGUCAUUUUGUCUUUUUUUGUAUUGUUUCAAAACAAAAUUUGCUGAUUUUUUUAAUGUGCUCUAUAACAAGUGCUCAGUGACUUGACCAACAGUAUUAUUUUGCUUUUGUAGUUAACACAACUUUGGAAGGUAAUAACUCAAAUGUAUUAAUAAUUGAGUGAAAUUUCAUUUACAACUGAAUUCAUGCAAAUAUUUCCAUUUUACCCUCCUCACCCAUUGUUACAUUUGAUCACAAGUUACCUUGCUUAAGACAAGUUGUGUCAAAAUGUUUAUCAACUUCUUUUGCUCAAAGCAAUUACUGAAAGCCUAAGAGAGAAUGUACAUUUAAAAGUUUUUUGGUUCAAUUUAAAAAACAACAUUUUUUCUGUAUGAAGGUAUGUAGUUUUAUUGAGAAAAAAUUAUUUUCUUCAGAAAGAAUAUUUAAAAUAUGAAGGGAAACAAUUCUGUGUAACAACUACAAUUCAACAUUUUCAUUUUACAGAUGUGUAUGAAACUCAUUUUUAUUGUUGGAUUUCAAAUUGAUUAAUCUGUUUCAACAGUGUUUCUAACAUCAUUGAAUAAAUAUGUGCUCACCACUUCCAUCUUCAAGGUGUGAUGUAAAAUUUAGCAUCUAGUUCACAGAUAUAUAUAAAAUGAAAUUAAAGCAUGAAGUAGUAGACUGAAAUUAGCUACUUAUAAUUUCAAACUACUCUUUGACCUUUCAAACCUCUUCUGUGAUAUUUUUGCCAAGUAUCUUAUCCAUCUAUACAAAUGAUUAUUGAUGAUAUAGUUUUUACCCAUAGUGCAUUGCAAGUUACUGAAAUUUCAUGUAGGUGUAUAUUAAAAGUGUUAUUUAUUUAAAAUAUUGCUUUUAAAUAGAC